AUGGGAAUCAGAAUCGACGGCGGAGAGGUGCUGGAGACUUUCGAAAGAGCUGAUGCUGUUACAUCUGAGCCGGUUAAGGCGAGUUAUGGAUCUAACCGUGAUGGGGAGGAUGAAGAGUAUGAAUGGGUGGCUGUAGAUAAAGAGGUUGAUUUUAUUACGGAUAAAGCUCCGGAGCUUGACGAAGUUGACGAUGCCUUCUCUGCACUUCAAUUGAUGUUCAAUGAGGAUGAUGAAAAAUCAGAAGACCAGGUUACAGAGUCGGAGUCUGUGGAUUGGAUUGAGCCUCCGUUGCAGCUCUGUAAUACUAGUCUUCUACAGCCUUACAUGCUGGAUAGACUCUACGACGCCUGCCAUGUGUUUCAGACCGACCCUUCUGUUCAGAGAAUGGUUAUCUCUUUGACUUCAGACAGGGCUGUUUGGGAUGCAGUGAUGAACAACGAGGUUGUCCGGGAGCUCAUAAGCAAUGUUGAGAGGUCAGAAGAAGACUCUGGUUCAGCCCCAAAUUGUUGUAUAAGAAAGUUGUUUGAGAGAAGUGCCAUCAAAAUCAUGGACGCCAUGGAGAGAGUCACAAAGUACGUCACUGACCUCUUCAAUGUUGUUCCUGGAGAUGAGACAGUUAUGCUAGCUUCAGGUGCUGCCCCGGUGAUGGAGAAACUUCAGAUGUGCGUUCUGCUCACCAUUGUUGUCCUUCUUAUCGUUUUAGUUACCCGAGUGACGGGAGGUAGAUAGUAUAAAUUACCAUGUCAAACUAUGAUCUCAUACUUCCGGGUCUGCUCAACAAUUGUGAGUGCGCAACUUCUGCGGGUGAAACCGCAGCAGAAGAAAAGUGAUACUUGUGCUUA